AUAUUCUAAUCACUGUUAACCUUUUCUAUUCUCUAUUAUCGUCGUUCUUCUUCUCUCCCAAACAAAAACCCUAGAAUCUCAAUUAAUCUGUGUUAACCCUAGAAUCUCACCAAAAUCUUCUGAAUCCACGUGAAUCGUCAACGAAUUCGGAAAACCCUCACGAAAAUUUCUUCUUCUGCGUACGGCCGCGAAUUCAGAAAACCCUCACAAAAAUUUCUUCUCUUCUGCACGGCCGCGAACCCAACACCUUCUCAAUCCAUUUCAACAGAUAUUCCAUCAACAUUGCAUCGUAAUAACAUCAAUCAUUGAAACUGGUUCAAACUCUAAGGAAGUUCGCAGAAUUUCUCGUGCCGUACGCCUUACAAUUGCUUUAAGGUCUAAACUCACAGCUCCGGUUCUCUCAUCGUUCAUCGAUCACGUUCUUCCUACUGCUUCUGAGUCUCAUUCUAGGUUAUCUUCUUAUCUUCCUAAGGUUGAUGAUCAUGAGAUGGAAGUGGAUUCUGCAACAUCAGCUGCCAUUCAAACCCCAGCCAAACACUUGUUGCCUGAGCUAGAAAUCUACUGUUACUUCCUUGUGCUUCUUUUUCUUAUUGAUUUGAAGCGAUAUGAAGAGGCCAAAGCUUGUUCCUCAGCUAGCAUUGAUCGGCUCAAGAGCUUGAAUAGGAGAGCUGUAGAUGUUAGCCUAUAGACUGUACUUUUAUUACUCAUAUAGCUAUGAGCUUACCGGAGAUCUUGCUGAAAUUCGUGGAAACCUCUUUCAGUUGCACUGGAUUACUACCCUGCGCCACGAUGAACUUGGUCAGGUUCAAUAUAUUUGUGAUGGGGAUGACCAUGGAGUUACAAGGAGCUCCAAUAUAUUUGUGAUGGGGAUGACCAUGGAGUUUGUAGGAAUUCUUCUGCCAGUGCUGGCCUUUGAACUGUUUAUACAUCUCAAAAAUAGAAAUUUGUGGCAGCCAAAGAAAAUUACCAUCACAUCCAGCAGCCCCCACUCAAGAUACACGGAUCCUAAGGUUUUGGUUUCAAGAACUUACCAGGGAACAUGUUUCGCCGGGCCUCGUUUAGAAAAUGGACAUAACUGUUCCUGGUGGAUGGUUGAUCUUGGACAAGAUCAUCAGCUACUAUACCAUGAGGCAAGAUGGCUCCAAGCAUUUCCGAGACAUUGGAAUAUUCAGAUCAUGAAUCAUGAUAUUGAUGGAGAUUUUCAGUCACUCGAAGAUGAAGCGACUCGAAGAUGAAGCGACGUAAAUGUAGAGAGAUGUAGUUGUUUAAGUUAAAAUUAAUGUAUGUUGAUACUCAUUUUAGGAUGUUAUUUUUAGUGAAUUAUGAUUGAAGAUGAUAUUUUUAAAUAUGAAUAAGUUUUAUAAUUUAAGAUCAUAAAAAUAUUUUUAUGUAAAAAUGAUUAUUAAGUCUAAUAAUAAUAUUUUUUUUAUCUAUUUUAUCAAAUUAGUUAAACUUAUAUUUUAUUAUUAGACAGCCCUUAAAG